GCAAGACAGCAUCAGGAACAGACAGAUUCAGAAGUGACAGCGUCACAGGCGGGAGCCGGUUCUUAUUGGAGACCUGGUACAGGCAUGGAUUGCUGCAGGGCCCUUUUCUUCUGCCUGUGUCUUCUGACAUCUCAGGGCACAACAGAAGGGUCAACAGAGAACAAGAUCCUGGGCUUGAUGCAGAAGAUGGAGAAGAAGGCCAUGGGCCGGAGACACUAUUCUCCUGACGGUGAAGUCCGUCUCCUGGAGCAGGAGCUGCUGAAUGCUUCCUUCCAUGAGCACACACUAAACUUGCACACGAAAACCAUUCAGUCUCUGGUCUUCAAGCUGCGCUGCAACUUCACUGGCCUUUCCCUGAACAGUGGUACUCUGGAGCAGGGCCCUCAGGCCCAGGCCUGGCAUGCCAUGCAUUUCCCUGCUGAACUGACCUGGGAUGCCUGCUCAGCCCCUGCCCGGCCCAAGGAGCUGCGGCUCAUCUGCAUCUACUUCUUUACCACCUCCUUUUUCCAGGAUGACAACAAUUCAUCCCUGCUCAAUAACUAUGUCCUGGGAGCUCAGCUGGACCAAAGACGUGUGAGCAACCUCAGGGAGAUGGUCAACAUCAGCUUCUGGCACAACCAAAGCUUGGAAGAUUACACUCUGACCUGUGUCUUCUGGAAGGAGGGAGCCAGCAAGCGCCGCUGGGGGGCCUGGAGCCCGGAGGGCUGCCGCACCGAGCAGCCCUCGCCUUCACAGGUGCUAUGCCGCUGCAACCACCUCACCUACUUCGCAGUUCUCAUGCAACUGUCCCCAGCCCCAGUGCCUGCAGAGCUGCUGGUGCCUCUCGAGUACAUCUCCCUCGUGGGCUGCAGCGUGUCCGCCGUGGCCUCGCUUCUCACCAUCGGGCUGCACCUCCAUACCAGGCAGCAGAACGAUUCCAUAAGAGGCAUCCACGUGAACCUGCACACCUCCGUGCUGCUGCUGAAUGUCACCUUCCUCCUGAGUGCUGCCUUGGCCAUGCCCUCCGGGGCUGCAUGCAGGGCGCUGGCUGCUUUCCUGCACUACACCCUGCUCAGCUGCCUCACCUGGAUGGCCAUUGAGGGCUUCAACCUCUACCUCCUCCUGGGGCGCGUCUACAAUAUCUACAUCCACCGCUACAUGCUCAAGCUGUGUGCCCUGGGCUGGGGGGUCCCAGCCUUCCUGGUGCUACUUCUCCUCAUUAUCAAGAGCUCAGUGUACGGACCCUACGUGAUCCCCGUCACCCACAGCCAGGAAAAUGGCACAGGCAUCCAGAACGUGUCCAUGUGCUGGGUUCGGAGUCCUGUGGUGCACAGUAUCCUGGUCAUGGGCUACGGUGGCCUCACAAUCCUCUUCAACCUGGUAGUGUUGGCCUGGGCGCUGCGUGUGCUGCGAAGGCUGCGAGUGCGGAAAAAAGGGCCGGGCCCCAGGGCCUGCCGGGACUCGGUCACUGUGCUGGGCCUCACCGUGCUGUUGGGCACCACCUGGGCCUUGGCCUUCUUCUCCUUCGGUGUCUUCCUGCUGCCCCAGCUCUUUCUCUUUAGCAUCUUCAACUCGCUGUAUGGUUUCUUCUUCUUCCUGUGGUUCUGCUCUCAGAGGUACCACUCAGAAGUAGAGGCCAAGGCAGAGAUGGAAGCACUCAGCUCCUCCCAGACCAUGCACUGACCCAGGCUCCCUGGUCUGGAGCCCCAGACUUCUGGAACCUGCAGACUGAUGCUCUGGCUUCCCCCAAAGGCUGGACCUAA